UUUACCUCAAAGUCGGCAACAAAGUUCAGUUCGGCUUUAACAACCGGUUCAAACGCUCCUCUCACAAUUAUUCUUAUUCUUCAAGGAGAAUUAAUAUAAUUAAUAUGUCAAUUCAAUAAUCAAUUAAUACAAUAGAAAUUCCUAGAUAAAUUUGUGACUGGAAUAUUUAAAAUUGUAUUGUUUAAAUAGAAUUAAUUAAUAUGUGUGUUGUAAUUAAUAUAUAAAGAAAUAUUUUGCUAUUAAGUUAGUUUUAAAGCAGAGCUCCAGGAUGAAGCUCUGGGUGGUAUUAAUUUUUGCGGCGAGUGUUAAAGGACAUGGAAGACUUAUCGAGCCUCCUUCCAGGGCUUCUAUGUGGAGGUACGGAUUUGAUUCGCCUCAUGAUUACAAUGAUAAUGAGUGCUAUUGCGGCGGUUUCACGCGACAAUGGCAACGGAAUAAAGGAAACUGUGGAAUCUGUGGCGACGCUUGGGAUAUUAAACCGCCUAGAGCUCAUGAAACAGGCGGAAAAUAUGGAAACAGUAUAAUAGUUCGUAAAUACAAAACGAACCAAUUGAUACCCAUAAAAAUCCAAAUAACAGCGAACCACCGAGGAUACUUUGAGUUCGGGGUGUGUCCAAUGACCACCCGAGGCCGGGAGGUCACUCAAGAAUGCCUAUCAAAAAACAUCCUCAAAAUGAAGAACGGAACCGCGCGAUACUACCCGGGACCCGGUAAUAAAAUCUUCGAGGCAUACUACAAAUUACCCGAGGACAUGACGUGUGGCCAGUGCGUCCUACAGUGGCGUUACGUCGCCGGUAACAAUUGGGGCGACUGUGGUAACGGAACAGGUGCAGUGGGUUGCGGCCCGCAGGAAGAGUUCCGUGGCUGCGCUGAUGUGACAAUCGGAGACAACUACCCGCCACUAUCCCUACCGGAGACUCCAGAGUCCACGAAGACGCCUUCAAGCUCCACAGAGUCUCCAGAGACUCCAGAAUUCACAGAAAUCCUUCCAUACUGGUACUUGAACUUCAUAAUAGUCGGAACGACUCUCCUGAUAGUCCUGGCGGCCUUGGGACUGAUCUACUUGUACUACUACCACUUUGGGCAUGCGAAAAAAUGGCUGAGGUCGCGGUGCGCUCCAGAGCCGGCUCCAGUAGCGCCUCCGAGGCAGAAACGAUCAUCAGCGCUUCAUUUAUAAUUUGUAUAUUAACCCUCGGAGUACACAAUAAUUAUUAUUCUGUACUAAGGUAAAAGCACCA